UUGACGCGUACGGUUUGUGUGGCAAGUGAAGGCGCGCGUGAUUGUGCCGCAUGCGACGAAGCAAAACCAGCGGAAGUACGGCGGUGAAGUAGUUACGCACGCGAAUGUGAAUGCGAAUACGAAAAUUAAAAAGAAAAAACACAAAAAACGAAUGCGUUAUCUAGGCAACUAACGCAAGAGAAGUGUAACAAAUUAUCAGACAAGUGAAGUGAUGGUGUGUGUGCGUGUGUGAAAGGAGAUAUUGCAGUGCGAUAGUAAGGAUAAGCAAGUAAUUUGUUGCUAAUAUUUCUAAAAAAUAAUGCUAGAAUUGGCACAGUGCUGAUAUUUUAUAAACAAAUUGUGAGCAAAACACAAAAUAAGCGGCAUAUAAAAAAUUUAGGUGCUGGUGCGCUUCUGUAUUUUUAUUUUUAUUUUUUCAAACUCAUUAAUAUUUCAUGUAAACAUUCAAUACAACAACCUUGAAACACAUAUGAAUGCGAUUUUUUGUCAAAAAUUGUUGCUAAGCUGCAAAUAAAAAUCGAUGCAGCACCGAAAAGUAGGCAACUAAGCACAAGUGCAAGUGAUAAUAUAUUAACAACAAAAUAUGUGCUCAUUGGUGAUUGAUUUCGCUCGGCAGCCAAACUUGCGCAUAAACUGACCGCUGUGUACCUGUACGAGUAUAUGCGUAUAUGAAAUGAACACCACGACAUAAAUUUUGUGUAAAGUCGAAAAAAGUGAAACUAAAUUUAAAAUAUGCACAAUGCCCGAAUGCCCAAAAUGCAUUAAAUACCCAACCGCUUAAAAAUGUGAAAGAAAGCAGUGAGAAGAAGCGUCACUUACCACAAACAGACAUUAGCAUCUGUAAAUCUGUGUUUCGUGCAGCUAGCAUCAGUGUAUUUGUAUGCGUGUAUAUGUAUGUAAAAUCUGUGUACUGCUUUUUUCUAUUCAACUCAAAGGCUAUCAAGUGCAGACAUCUUUUUGUUGAAAUGCCAGCCAUAAUAUUCUAAAGUUAUAUAUUGGCUGAUAAGGCUUGACACAAAAAUAAUAAUGCAACAAGAAGCUAGUGAUUUUUCAUGAAGCACACAUUUACAACACAACAAAUAGAAAUCAUGGCUACUCAACAGCUUCAUCAAAAUAAACGACUGCUGCAGCGACUGAUAUUGCAUUUUGAGAGUAAAUUAGAUUUUUAUAGAUAAAAUUUCGUGCAACGAAUAUUUGUAUACAAAUGUGUAAAUCUAACAAUUGAUUUGCAUUUUCAAAACAAACAAAAAAUAAAAAAUAAAAAUAAAAAUUUAUUGUAUUAAAAAGGCGAGGAAGUGAGCCAAAAUGUGCUCCACAACACAAUUUUGUUUACUCAAUCUGCGCACAUAUUUGAUCUACUUAUGUUGCUAUCUGCUGAUAAUGGUGGCGGCAGGUAGCCGAGUAGUCAACGGUCUAAAGUGUUAUUGUAAUCCAAAGGAGUGUGAUGUCAUACGUUCGCUGGACUGUCCAGGGAAGGGCAUGAUGCUGUGGGAUCCUUGCAAAUGUUGUCGCAUUUGCGCUAAAACACUUGGUGAAGCUUGCGGUGGUCCUGGCGGCUUCUCGGGUCAAUGUGAGCCACCGCUACAGUGUGUCACAAAAUUACCCAUAACCAGCGGGCUAGGUGUCUGCAUGGAUUUACCCUCUACAUCGUCCUCCCUGCAUUCCACAUAUCACAGCAGUAAAUACAAUAAAAAUUGUACAGACGAUGAGACAAUAGUGAUAGAGCCUGGUUGCGAAAUCACCAAUAAACGUUGCCAAUGCUGGCCAACAUUACGACUGUGUCGCUCAAACGCCAUCGACGAUACGGACGCACCGGCGACGACAGAUAUACGAUGGCACUUCAAAACAUUAGAGGACUGCCAGUUAAAUUUACAAAAUUUAAUCAAAAUCGAAAUGGAAUUCGACGAAGAUUACACAAUUUCACCGAGCACAUUUACAUAUAAAAAACUGCGAAGGAAGCGCAGAGCGUUAACGAAACGUAGAAUGACCAUUACACAUUAAGGAUACAGCGAAGCUAGCACCGUUCCUGUAAAUCCACAUACACACAACCACCAACAAACCCUAGAGAAGUCCUGCUAAGAGCAUACUACUAAUAACGAGAAGUUAAUGAACGAAAUAAAGUAAAAUAUAUUGAAUAGUUAAGAUAACAAUUUAGGCAUAAGAAAUAAAUAUACAUACAUAUAUAUAAAUGCAUAGGUAUAGACAGCAUAUAAAUACAGAAAAGCGAAGCUAUAAUAAAUUUUAACAGUCAAGUGUUUGUAAAAAGAAGUUAAUGUAAGAGUAAGCAAAAGAAAAAGAAGGUGUAUCGCUAGCUGAAGAAAGAAUUUUAAAUAAAACUCUUUUAAAUGCAAUAAGAUUUUGUUUAAAUAAUUCAAAAUUUUGCUCUAAACUUUCUUUUAGUUCUUUGUGUUUAGUACUGAAGGUAGUUUAUUUUCAUGCCAUCUUCUCAGAGGGUUCGUUAGUAGACCAAAUUGUUGAAUAGAGCUGACAUUGGGAUGUAUACUUGUUACACAAUUGAUCACAAACUGAUGCACAGUUUGCGGUUGAGAACCGACUUUUUGGUGGGCAUGACGACCCUCAUUGCAUGCAGAUAUAUUUCAUAUUUCUUUCUAUGCAUAGUUUAAGGCUCGUUCGACAUCACAUCUUUUUUGUGUCGAUUGUAAUUUAAAUAAUAAUAAAAUUUUCAGUUUUGAUGUAAUAUUGGCGAUCGAAGUAACUACUUCUGGGCUUAGCUUAUAAAAAAAAAUGUGUAUAAAUACCUCAGAUUCCAACUGUAUAUGAGUUUUUUUCAGUUAAAAGCCCAAAUCUUUGAAUUCAAUUCCUAGUGAGGACUCGAGAAAAACGUUUAAUAUUUAAAGAAAUAAAGCCCCGAUUUCAAUAAGCCUUUAGAUUUUCGCCCAGACGGAUGUGCAUAUUUUUCACAGGUGGCUCGCUGGUACAUAUAUAUUUUUUUCGUAUUUAAAACGAGUUCCCAAAGGUAGCCGCAUUUUUUUAUUUUUUUGUUAUAUUGAUAAAAGAAGAGAUUUAUACACGAAAAAUUCUUCGUUGCUAAAUUUUUCUAAAGAUUGUGUGGAUAUAUGAAAUAUAAAUGGUAAAUAACUGACUGAAAAAGAGCAAUUUUUCAAUUGUAACCCAGCCUCUGGACCCAAUUCUGCAAAAGUGAUUCAGUGUUUUGAAAGUUUAAACUUUUCAUGCAAAUAAAAUUCAAUUCUAUUAGAAUGGAUAGUAAAUAUUUGACUAAAGAAUAUUUUUUUUAAUUGGGAGCCCUAUCCACAAACCCAAGUCCAUGUCCACCGAAAUUAAUCCCGCUGUUCUGUUGGUUUGAAAGUUUAGUUUUAUGCAAAUAAAUUUGCGGUUUGUUAGAAUUUUUUCCAUAUUUGAAAAUUCUCCUCAAUUAUCUGUUAAAAAUACAUAAUUUCUUUCAAUGAAAACGCUAUUUAUUAUGGGCAUAAAUAAAAUUAAUAUUUGAUUAGUUUUUUACAAAUAAAAAUACAAACACUUCAACCAAACUGAACUCUGGUUUGCGGAGUUUAAGGAAGAUAGCCGCUUAUGCAAAUUAAACUCUGCUCUACUAGAAUUUCAUCAGUAUUGCUAUACUCCCCAACAAAUUGUAUGGCAACCCUGCUUACAAACUAAGGUAUCCCGAAGUGGGCCGAACUUUCUUCAAAACAGAAAGCAGGAGCUUUUUAUGCGGAAAAAGUUCGGGUGCGUUAAACUUUUCUGAAAA